AUGACAAAUUUAUCAUUUUUGACAUCCCUUGCCCUCAGGGAAUGUGAUCUGCUUGGCGAAUUCCCAUUGAGAAUCUUCAAUCUACCGAACUUAAAAUUUCUUAGUGUCAAAUUCAACCAAUAUCUCACUGGACAUUUUCCCGAAUUUAAUCGAAGUAGUCCUCUCAUCUCAUUGAGAGUUGGGUUUACUAGUUUUUUGGGAACAAUACCUUCUUCGAUUCAAAAUCUUAAUUCAUUGCAAAAGUUGGAUGUCGCUCAAUGCAAUUUUUCAAACUCGUUGGUUCCAUCUGCACUUGGCAAUCUUAGACAGCUCACUUACCUAGACAUUUCAGCAAGCAGCUUUGGAGGUCCCGUUCCUGAUUCCUUGGCAAACCUUACCCAAUUGACUGUGUUUAGGAUUGCUACGAGUUCUUCAACUGGUCCAAUUCCAUCUUGGAUAGGUAACUUUAGCAAACUAGAGUACCUAUGUUUUGCUUUUAAUGGUUUGAAUGGUUCAAUUCCCGCCUCAUUUUCCAAUCUCAUCAAUCUCCAGAUCCUUUGUCUACAGUCAAAUCACCUGACCGGUGUAGUGGAGUUCCAAAUGUUUCAGAAGGCGCAAAAUCUCUACAAACUCGAACUGGGUAGUAACAAUUUGGAAUUUGUUAUUGAACAAUUUUCAAAUGUUAUGGAUGUAACUGUUCAACAGUUUACCAUUCUGGAUUUGAAUACAUGCAAUUUAAAAGAGUUCCCAGAUUUCCAAAGAAAUCAGACAAAGUUAGAGCGGUUGGAAAUGUCAGGAAACAAAAUCCAUGGCGAAGUACCAAACUGGAUGUGGAACAUAAGCAAGGAAACUCUGAUAUUUGUGGACAUUUCUGAUAACUUCCUAUUGGGCGAACUUCCAGUUGUCAUACCCUGGGUUAACCUGCUCUGCCUGAAGCUAUCAAACAACAGUUUUCGUGGACUACUACCGAUCCUUCCACCAUCCAUGCGAGAAUAUAGAGCCAGUAACAACAAAUUUACUGGAGAAAUUUCACCAUUGUUUUGCAAUAUGAAUUCUCUUAUGUACCUUGACUUGUCGAAAAAUAACUUGAGUGGCACGCUUCCUCAGUGUCUUGGAAACUUUAGUGAGGCUCUAAUGCUUCCUCAGUACCUUGACUCAACCAUUCAACAACAGAAGCAGUUUGAUGAUGAUUGA